GCAAAUAGAGAAGUGCAGAGGAGAGCAACAGGCAGUCGUCUCUGGAGAGAGUCUGAGAGCAAUGCUCAGUCCACUGACAACAACUCAAAAUCCGGACAGUAAGGAAGAGGGAGGUUUUUCAUACUGCUGCCUGCCCUGGGGCCUCAUAAAUAAUCUGCCUUCCUCACAGCUAUGCUUGGACCACAAACUAAACAAAGGACAAAGUUUAUUUACUUCAUGUAGUCUGAUUUGCACAUGGACACUGUAAUUCAUCUAUACCUAACCAUCUUUAACCUGCUGGAAUCAAGAAUAAAAUUUACGGUUUCCUCACUGUCCUGUCUUUUUUAACUUGCAGAAGAACAGGAGAUUUCCAUGCAAGUCUUGGCAAGAUGCUGCCAAUUUUUUUCGUGACAUGGUGGGUUGGGGUGUUCAUUGGAAUUGUAGGAGGUCAGUCGCAAUCUCAGCAACAGUCCCAGACUGAGGACUCAAACCCCUGGAGACAGAUGAUCCAAUGGGAGAAUAAUGGACGUGUAUACAGUCUUCUCAACAGUGGGGCUGAAUACGUCCCUGCUCGGGCUCAUGAACGAGACAGGAACCACAGAGUUUUUUUAGCUGAUGCUCCCAACCGUAGAUCACAGGGUGGGAAUGUUCGCAGGCAAGCACCUUCUAGAGGAAGCUCCGAGACUUUGAGAGGUCAAACCAGACAUCCUUUUGGAUUCGGGCAGGUGCCGGACAACUGGCGUCAAGGUACAGCAGGGGCAGGUGAAACAAGUCGCUUCCAGUCAUCUCCCAGCUCUCGUUUUAGAGCAUCCUCUGGCUCAUCCUCCUCAUCAUCAUCCUCUUCUUCAUCCUUAAACGUUCCAUCUUAUCCACAGUACCCAUUACCUCAACAGCCUCCUUAUGGUUCUCCCUAUGACUCAGGUUUGGACAGGGCAUAUGAACCACCCUUCCGUGGAACGGGGUUUUCCUCAGGCACUAGUGGUGGCUUCACUGGAGGAGGAUAUGGAGGGGGUGCAUACUCUACUGGCAUUUUUGGAGAAGGAAGCUAUACAGGAGGGGGUCCAGCACCUGACGAGAGGUAUCGCUACUUUCCCACUUACAGUCAGCCAUACCCAGCCAUUCCUGCCCAACCUGAACAGCCAUCAUUCGCAGAUGGAUUGGACCACAGAUACACACAAAGUCUGUACAAUGAGGACUCUCGAGAUGCUGGUAAUGCUGCAGUACCUGUCUCUAAUGGUACACCGACCAGUAUAGGGUCAGCAGCAUUCCAGCCUGCAGUACAAAGUCCCCAGUACGAGCAGUUCCCACCCUUCGGAAGGCCCCAGCCACAGCCUCCAUUCAUGCAACCACCUCCACGGAACCCUCUCGUCUCCAACAAUGCAGAGAGUACCAGUAUCAAUGUUGGGAGUGUUUAUCGUCCACAGCAAAGAGGUUUGCCUGACCUGGUUCCUGACCCGAACUAUGUCCAAGCUUCUACAUACAUUCAAAGAGCCCACAUGUACUCCUUGCGCUGUGCUGCAGAGGAGAAAUGUUUGGCCAGCUCAGCCUACAGUGAUGAUACCACAGACUAUAAUGUCAGGGUUCUUCUGCGGUUCCCUCAAAGAGUGAAGAACCAAGGGACAGCUGAUUUCAUGCCCAACCGACCUCGACACACCUGGGAGUGGCACAGCUGUCACCAACAUUACCACAGUAUGGAUGAGUUCAGUCACUAUGACCUGCUAGAGGUGAGCACUGGCCGUAAGGUGGCAGAGGGACACAAGGCGAGCUUCUGUCUGGAGGACACCACCUGUGACUUUGGUCACCUGAAACGUUACGCUUGUACUUCACAUACCCAGGGUCUCAGCCCAGGUUGCUAUGACACAUACAAUGCAGAUAUUGAUUGUCAAUGGAUUGACAUCACUGAUGUUCAGCCAGGAAACUAUAUACUGAAGCUCCAGGUUAAUCCUAAGUACUUGGUGCUGGAAUCUGACUUCACCAACAAUGUAGUAAGGUGCAAUAUCCACUACACAGGGCGCUUUGUCAAAACAACAAACUGCAAAAUCUCCCAGUCAUGAUUUGCCAGGUCUGGGCAGCUUAGUGUGGAGGAAUCUCCAGUGGAGUGCUGUUCCAUUGCAAUGUGAAUGGAAUUUCUGGUGUUAUUGUGAUUGUUUAUUGUAUUUGUCUUGGUUCUUGUUUAUGUGCUGUUCCGGUCCUGUGAGCCCAUUGUGAACCUGGGUUCAGUUUGUACCAAGAGGAAUGAGCAGACAUACUGACACACUCGCACUCAUUCAAACACAAACACACACACACACACACACACACACACACACUCAUGUUGGUUUUGCUAUACUUGUGAGGACCCUCCAUAGACAUAAUUAUUUUUAUACUGUACAAACUAUAGAUUCUAUCCCCUAACUCUAACCCUACCCCUAAACCUAACCCUCACAGAAACCUUUUUGCAUUUUUACAUUUAAAAAAAACAUCAUUUAAUAUGCCAUUUCCCUUGUGAGGACCACCCAAAAGGUCCUCACAACCAUAAAUGUCCUCACAGAACAGGCUGAUUCUCAAUACUUGGUCCUCCCAAGUGUAGCAAAACCUGUACACACACACAUGUUGGUGCGGCUAUCCUUAUGAGGACUCUCCAUAGACAUAAGGAUUUUUAUACUGUACAAACUAUAGAUUCUAUACCCUAACCCUAACCCUACCCCUAAACCUAACCCUCACAAAAAACGUUCUGCAUUUUUACAUUUUCAAAAAAACAUAAUUUAGUAUGUUUUUUUAAGCGAUUUGAAUUAUGGGAACACUAGAAAUGUCAUCAUAAACCACAAAUAUCGCAUAAUACCCUUGUAAUUACCAGUUUAUAACAUUUUUAAAAAUGUCCUCGUAAACCACCCAAACCUGCCCUCACACACACACACACUGAGUUAUACCAUAGUCCACAGCACAUGGCAGACCGAUGUUUGUUUUCUAUGCAGCCAACCCAUUAACCCCCAUUUUUUCAUUAAAGCACACACACGCACACUCUCCCCAAUUACUGUAAGUCUAAAUCCUUUAAGACCCCAUGAAAUUGGCAAUGUGACCAUGCAGGAAAUCGACAUGCUGCUUCCGAAUGUCAGUGUACCCUUAAAUCAACCCAGUGUCCCGAAUUACUGAGAAGCGCCAUCCCCAUCUCCCAAAUUAAGAAGUGCUAUGCCCAUCAGACAUUUUUGCAUCAACUGAAACAUGUUCACCCUUCUGACGCUACUGAUACUCCUAGACAUGGUUUCUGUUCCUAUUGAAACCAGGAAGUUAUCGUGUUCACUUUUAAACACAGGUUCUGGUCCCAUGGAAACCAGGAAGUAAUCACAUUCUCAUAAGCAAUGGUGAAUGCUAUUCGGAGGUUGCAUUUUUGCUCUAAAAUUACAUUUUUACUCCACUGAUGAUUAGGUUUAGGGUUGGGUUUGUGUUAGGGAGAAGGGUAAAUAAAAUAUGUACUCUUGUUGAUCUUUGACUAAUUUACAACAAAAAAUACAACUCCCUUUUUUUUUUUUUUUUUUUGCCAUGCUGUUGACAUUUCACAUAAAUAACUCUUCCAGCUUCGACCACCUUGAAUCAGUAAAUACAGACCAAAUUCAGCAGCAGAACUUUUGAUCUCCUGACGCUGAAUUCACAGUGUGAUCAGUCCAUUUUAUUUCAUGUUUGGACCUAUUUCCUUUUAAAACAGGAAGGGCUUAUCCUUUUUUUUAUUUUUUUUAUAAAUAAAUAAAAAUGACCAAUUGGCUUUAGUUAUGUCACAAUUAUGAGCCAUGAUUUGCUACUUGCUCUUGCCAGAGGCAGGUGGUAUUAGGGAAAUUCUCAUUCUAGAAAGCAUUUAAUUGGACAAAAUCCGUACAUUUUAAAUGCGUAUAUCUGGUAAAAGUAAAUUUUGUCAAUAUUUUGGAGUACUCUAGGAUAUAGAUGACCUCAAAGCAUUUAGACAUGGGCCAAAACCACAAACCCUACUUUUUUUUUUUUUUUUUUUUUUUUUUUUUUUUGCAUGGGGUCUUUAGCCAUCUUUUAGAGUGGCUAAAAGUAAAUUCAAAAAUUGCUGAAAAACAGUGAGGCCAGGUAUGGCACUGUGAGGAAACAAGUGGAUCUGCUACCACCACCUUUGAUAAACCGGUAUAGUCCAGUGUCUGGAAAAACAAUGUUGGAGAGUUACAUUUGCUUACAAACUUUAUUGUUAACAUUCAAAACAAAACUAUGCUAAUUGAAUGAGCACAGACAGAUUUGUAUAUUUCAGAAUGUCUAACUACAUCACCAAAAUAGACACAUGAAAAGUUAAAUCACCAAAUACAUGUGCAUCACAACUCAAAACCAAUUCACACUUACACAGAUAAGGCACUCAUUUAUCACAUAGCUAGAUAUACUAAUAAUACAAAUUCAAACAGUAGAUAAAUAAAGUACAAUCACUAAAAUAUCAAUCCUAAAAGAGGUGAGAAAAAGUGAGAGAUAAAGGUAUUAUUUACCCAAAAAUGAAAAUUACCUUAUUUACUCACCCUCAUGCCAUUCCAGAUGUGUAUGACUUUCUUUAUUUUGCUGAACACAAACAAAGAUUUUUAGAAGAAUAUUUCAGCUCUGUAGAUCCAUACAAGUGAAUGGGUACCAACAAAUUUUAAGCUAAAAAUUAUAAAGUCAGAUAAAGAUAAAGUCAUAAUAAAAGUAAUCCAUAAGACUCCAGACUCUACUUAAUAAAUGACCAUUUAAACAUGUAGUUAAUGUGAAUAAGCACUCAGGUCCGUAGAGACCCACAGGUUAAUCCAUGUCUUCCAAAGUAAUAUGAUAGGUGUGAGUUCUUAUUUACAUCCUUUUUUACUAUCAAUCACCACUUUCAUUUCGUGCAUAUUGCCACCUACUGGGCAGGGAGGAGAAUUUAUGGUAAAAACAGACUUAUAUAUGAAAUAUGAAAUAUUUCUCACCCACAUUUAUCAUUUCGCUUAUGAAGAUAUAGAUUUAACCACUGGAUUCUUAUGGAUUACUUUUCAUUUUGGAGCUUAAACAUUUUGGUACCUCUAUUGUGAAGACCUACAUAGCCAAAAUAUUCUUCUAAAAAUCUAAGUUUGUGUUUAGCAGAAGAAAGAAUGUCAUACACAUCUGGGAUAUCAAGAGGUUGAUUAAACGAUGAGAAAAUUUUUGGGUGAACUAUUCCUUUAAGAGGUGGGAACAAGAUACUUAACAGCACCAAGCCAGUCUCACACACUGUCCAAAGUGGCAAACAAUAUCACAAAACAUCCACGCACAGGCUCAGCAGGUAAACAAAAAUUGCCACCAUAUUGGGGUAUCAGUAAACACGCCCACUUAAAAUCCUCAAUCACUACAGCACUAUACAACUUUAUAAAUAAUUCAGAUUAGGAGAAAUCAAACAUAUACUAGAGGAGGGCAGAAAGCUCAGCAACUGGAAGCAAUUCUUCUUUCCCUCUUCCCCCAAGACUCUUUCCUUUUUUCUGUGCCACUUUAGCAAAGGUGCAAUACUGAGAGAACAGCCAGCUUGUCAGUCAUUACAUUUGUCAGUUAGGUAAAACGUAGCUUUAGCUUGAAUAAAGGGCCUGGAAAAAAUGGCUUUUGGGUUAAGGCACUUGUAUGUAAAAUCUGACAGCAGCACUGAGUUUAUCAAAGUGUACCUUUUGUUCCUUAGUCUUUAACUUAACCUGCUGCAAUUUCGAUGUGGUUGUAAUGUUGCCUUUUAUGUCAGUUUAAAAAAAAUCAGGAUAUUACAAGUGGAUGCUUAUGUGACAGUAUGGCUUGGAUUUGGUUUUCAAUUAUUAAGCAGAGCAUGGAAUGAACUAAAACUGAGAUGUUAAGCUUGUAAACCUUUUUGUUGUGGAUGCUUGUUUUACUAUGGAAUGUAUCUACAGUAUUAUUUCUUAAGGGAACAGUUCACCCAAAAAUGAAAAAUCAUGUUGUUCCACAGCAUACAUAGCGCAUGAGUCAAGUUCAUUUGUAGUGCUUUUCUAGUGUUUUCUUUUCUUUUUUUGAGCUCAACAUAGUGGUCACUUGUGGACUGUAGUUGCAUAAAAUAGUGCUGUGUAAAGAUUCUACAAAAUUCUGAUUUUGGGUUCCACAGGAAAAAAAAAAUAUAGCAUAGGUUUGGAAUGACAUGACUGUUAUAGUAAAUAAAAACAGAAUUUUCAUAUUUGAGUGAAUGAUUCCUUUAAACUGCCAACACUGGUCAGAUGCCACAAGUCACUAUUUGCUUUAUAUGAUACAGUUAACCAUCUGAUGCAUGCCAUUAUUUAGGUAGGAAAUGAAUUUAUUUUUUCUGUUUGUAUUCAUACUUUGUUCUUAUGUACUGUGUGGGAGUAAAAUACUGUUCUUGCUGUGGUACAUUCCAGGAAUUCAUAUUUCUUUGUAUCUGAAAUCUAGAUUUAUGCCUAGAUUUGUUAAAUAGCCAAGCUGUGGCAGAAUACAACCUAGAUGAUACUACUGUUGCAAAGCUAACAUUGCAUAACUUGACGUUACUAACAAACUUAAUACCAUCCGUACCUACCUCGGAAAGAGAAAUUAAUGUUUUCAGUUAGGCAUAUGCAAUGAGAAAGAGCUCCCUAGUACACUACACUUGAAGGGACACUAUAUAACAAACUUACAACAUCUGCAAAUCCACAUUAUAUGCUAAAAAGCUGUUAUAAAUGUCUAUAAUCAUCAGCUAAUAAACUCAGCUGAUAAUAAUUAGCUGCAAGUGUUCUAACAAGCUUUCUGUGGGGUCAUAUUAUUGUCAUCAUGAGAUAUUCAAUGUAAAUGGAAUGUGUGUUGUUUGUCUUUGCAUGAUGCUCUUCAAACAAAGCUAAGUGGAUUCCUUCCUGUAGUGAGCAAUUCUGUAAUUCACUCCACCUGGUUUCCAUUAACAAGAUCCAGAUGAAAUGCAGAACAGACUUUCUGUUUUAUUGUAUCCCUUUAUAUCGUGUAUAAAUGAUUAUUAUAAUGAUUGUUUUAAAAUAUAGACAAAAAUAUAGAUAGAUCUAGUUUUGUGGUUCAAGACAGGUGCACACAUCAUUACCACACAUCAGUCUCUUUGUGUUGUUGUUGUGUUGUUGUUGUUGUUUUGUUUUGUUUUUUGUGCUCCUGAUCAUCUGUCGUAGUUUAUCUGAAUCUAAAUAAAGACUAAAG